UUAAACCUAACCAUAACCUUAAUCACACUGCUAAUAUAAUGCUAACCCAAACCUUAAAUUAAGACUAAAAAGCACAUUUUUGUUUUCAUGAAUUUUUACGAUAUAGACAAUUUUGCCUUUGUGAUUCUGUAACUUUAAUUAGUGGAAGCAGACACUCAGAGGGCAACAGCGGUGCGUGGAGAAGGUUGACUGAGUGAGGUGUAUGAUUCACACUGGGCUAACAGUAGUUAGCAAGAGCUCACUGAAAAGUUUAAUACAAAAUGUACUUUAACCAGCCAGCUACCAGACACGGAGACUGUACUGCAAGCAUACAGUACAGACUAUUUGACCGUAUUGACAGAUGAAUUGGGAUUUUUUUUUACAAGUUCAGAGCUAGCUAACGUAAGCUAGCUAGCGUUAGCUAGCUGCUAGCAAACAGCACAGCCAGCGAAUCGAAUCAAGUGCUAAUGGACACGACUUGGUAACUUCACCGGUACACAUUCUUUGGAAAAGCAAGCAACACCAUUGAGAAAGGCACCAAAACAGAAGAAAACUGUCUGAAACAGGGAGGGCCUACCAGGACUUGUCCAAUAACAACAGGGGAGACCAUGUCAGCAACAUCAUGACAGACAGGGAAGAGGCGCUUUAGCACCCUGACCACAAGGUAAGGAGCCAUGGAUGUGUUACAGCAGCUACCUUCCCCUGAGCACCUUGAACAGGUGAAUGGGGAGACUAGGACAGGCCCGCAGCCCCUAUGUGGCCCAAACUUUCCACAUCCCCUGAAUACAGCAGCUGAUGAUAUAUGGACUGCAAGGGAGGUGGAGGCAGUGGCCCCUGACUUUGGAGGGUUGACGGACCUGCAGGAGCUGGGGGUUGAGGAGGGUGAAGGCAGUGGGGCGGAGAUGCCGAGGUCCCCCAUCUCAAGGGUAUCAUGGAAUGGUAGCCAACAGAAUGGAGAGAAUGGAGGAGGGGAAGAGGAGAGACUGGAGAAGGACAAGACUAGCUACAGCAGACAAGACAGUCCUGCUACUGAUGACAACUAUACAGACCUGUCUCACACGUCGUCUCCCUCGCUGUCGGAGCAGCUGCGUCUGGGACGGGAUGAGGCCACAGGCCCUGGUAUCAACGUGGAGUGUAGGAUCUGUGCUGACAAAGCUUCAGGGUUCCACUACGGUGUGCAUGCCUGCGAGGGCUGCAAGGGCUUCUUCCGGCGGACCAUUCGGAUGAAGCUGGAGUACGAGCGCUGUGAGAGAGCCUGUAAGAUCCUGAAAAAGAACCGCAAUAAGUGCCAAUACUGCCGCUUCCAGAAGUGCCUGGCCCUGGGCAUGUCCCAUGACGCGAUCCGGUAUGGGCGUAUGCCGGGGGCUGAGAAGAAGAAGCUAGUGGCUGGCCUGCUAGCGGAGGAGCUGGACCCCCACCAUCUUGGUGGCUCAGACCUCAAGACCCUGGCUAAACAGGUGUACCAAGCCUACCUGAAGAACCUCAUUAUGACCAAGAAGAAAGCCCGCAGCAUCCUCACCGGCAAGACCAGCUGCACAUCGCCGUUUGUGAUCCAUGAUGUGGACACCCUGUGGCAAGCAGAGAGUGGUCUAGUGUGGAACCAGUUAAUCCCGGGCGCGCCCCUCACAAAGGAGAUAGGGGUACACGUGUUUUACCGCUGUCAGUGCACCACGGUGGAGACGGUACGAGAGCUAACUGAGUUCGCCAAGAACAUCCCAGGGUUUGUGGAUCUCUUCCUCAACGACCAGGUGACACUACUGAAGUAUGGCGUCCAUGAGGCCAUCUUUGCCAUGCUGCCCUCCCUCAUGAACAAAGAUGGCCUCCUGGUGGCCAACGGGAAGGGCUUUGUGACCAGGGAGUUCCUGAGGAGCCUCCGUAAACCCUUCAGUGAGAUCAUGGAGCCCAAGUUUGAGUUUGCUGUGAAGUUCAAUGCUCUGGAGCUGGAUGACAGUGACCUGGCUCUGUUUGUGGCCAUUAUCAUCCUGUGUGGAGACCGCCCGGGGCUAAUGAACGUGAAGCAGGUAGAACAGAGUCAGGACGGUAUUCUCCAGGCCUUGGACCAGCACCUGCAGGCCAACCACCAGGACUCCCUCUACCUCUUCCCCAAGCUGCUGAACAAGAUGGCCGACCUCAGACAGCUGGUCACAGAGAACGCCCUGCUGGUGCAGAAGAUCAAGAAGACAGAGUCGGAGACCUCUCUGCACCCUCUACUACAGGAGAUCUAUAAGGACAUGUACUGACUGGACUAAACCAGACUGAACAUGUACUGACUGAACUAAACCGGACUGAACAUGUACUGGGACUUGCUGCACCCGCUAGUGCAGGAUUUCAACAAGGACAUGUACUAGUCUCCUCAAAAUAGUGCACAACAUAGGGAAUAGGGUGCCAUUUCGGACACACCCCGAGUCUGAGACCUCAUUGCUCCCGCUACUGCAGGAGCUCAACAAGAACAUGACUGGACACAGUGGCCUAAACCCGACCAACUCGGACUAGACUUUGCUGCAUCUGCUACUACAGGAAUGGGACUAAACCAGAUUUAACAGGAUGGGACCGUACUUUGCUGCACUCUCUACUGUAGGAGAUCUAUAAAGACAUUCAUGUACUAGUCCUCCUCAUAAGCAGAGCCAUGCUGUUCAAUUCAAUACUUUAUUGUCCCCUUAGAGCAAAUACUGUUGUUGACAGCAAUAUGUUUACAUAAUGAUGUUAUGUAUAUAUUAAUGUACAAUACCAGUCAAAAGUUUGGAAA